AUGCCCGUCCGCGAGCAUGACCAAGCUGAUCGUCAGGGCUCUGAGAGCUCUGGGAAUACCAGCUGGAUAUCACAAGAAACAGUACGGGAUAGCGAAGGCCCACCCAGGAAUCCGACAAAGUCAUCACCCACUGGUGGUGAUGCCGAGCCGUUCCCCGGCACCCUGAUGGCAAGAUCCGGAUCGUCACAAGCUCCGAGAAUCGACUGGGGGUCUUCACAUUGGUCAUGGAGCUCACCGGAUAUUUCGCCUACCGAAGAACGUAAAGGAUCUGGCUUCAGCAAGGAUCGAAAAGCGCUUGCGGUUCUUGGGGCUGGUGAUGAUUUCACACGACCCUUCAAUUCCAGCCCACACCCCCCACCUACCAACCCCGCUCGCUCUAGUCGAGAUGGACUUGAUCCGAUUGCACCGUGGGCAACGACAGCCGGCUCAGACGCUGCUGGGACUUUUUUCAAUGAUUAUUCUGAGCAUGAGGCAUCUCCAGCGUCUGCAACGUUUCGCCCGACAACAGGACGGACAUUCGCUAGUGAACCAGCUGAGAUGGAUUACAACCGGGACCAUAGGAGACCAUCCACUGCGAGCAUGACAAGCAGCCAAGGAUCUAAAUCAAGUAUUAGCCAUAAAUGGAGGAAAAAAUCCAAAGUAGCCACCGAUGACUACACGGCCUCCGACGAGCCAGAUGAUGGCCAACAAAAUCCCCCAAGCAGACGAGGAGGACCUAUCGACCAAUUAAAGGCCCGUGAACGAGCAAAUUCCGACGGAUCAGACCCAUCACAGCGACCUUCGCGACCCCGAGCUGAAACACCCUUACCGUCAAGUGAUAUCACUCCCUGGGUAUAUCAGAACAUAAAGGAUGUCUCCCAUUAUGGGGAGGCCCCUGUGCGCCAAGUACCUAUCGGACCUGACGGCCAAAGACUUGAAUCUCGUGCUGGAACCAACUCUGGAACUCGUGAUUCUAGUCGACGCGGGGUCAACGGACACAGACAUUCUCGGAGUAAGGAAGAGCGACCUACGCUUGCAGGUGACCUGGCUGGUUACCAUCGCCCCUCUGGAGGGCGCGAUGACCUUUUCCUGGGGCUCAAGCCCUCCAAUGAUAGCUACCUCACCUCGUCCACUGCUAUGAGUUCAGUCACCAAUCUUGGUGGCCGGUCUGCAAGUCCAACUCCAAGUGUGCAGAGCGCUAUCUACCGCGAUGGCGGCCAAAAUUCCCCAGGCGGUCCACCAACCAAACGUGGCAUCUUUGACAGAGUGGCAAGACAUCUUAAGCCAGGAUCCCACAAACCCCAUGAUAAGACCAAGCGCGAUCAGUCCCCAAACCGCCUCAGACAGCCAAGUCUUGAAGGGACAUCUACCCCUCGUCAUAUGGACCCAGCGGAGCAAGAACGAAAGAAGGAAUCUGGCAAGGGGCUUGGGAUUGGUGCGCGAAAGUUUCCUCGGCGCGGCUUCACUCAUUUGGGAGAACUCCCUAAAGAUGGUCCGUCUCAAAAAGACGACAGUCAUGUCUUCAAGCUCAAUACUGAUCUCACGGAUCUCAAUGGUAUUGUUCGCACCGACCAAGGACUCGUCAAUCGUGGCCUGGACGGCACAACCACGCCGCGCGAAGAGCUCAACCUUCCUGACAUGCUGCAGCAAGAGCAGAUGGUUGACGAUAGCUGGCACGCGCCCGACAGUUGGCAGGUCAAAAAGCAGCAGAAUGACAUGGAAUUGGAAGCACAGGAUACCGCACCGAAACCCACUACAGGCCUUCGUGACCGUGACGGACCCGCUUAUUUCAUUCGGGUCUUCCGCAUAGAUCAUACAUUUGCCACGCUUUCCGCCGGUCUGAAUUCGACAGUCGCUGAAAUUCUCUAUAUGCUUGGACGAAAGUCGUUCUUGUCUGAUCAUCUGAACAAUUACGAGAUCGUACUACGGACGAAUGAUCUGUCCCGACAACUUGACCACAAGGAACGCCCGAUUCUUAUGCAGAAGCAGCUCCUAGAAAAAGUUGGAUACACAGAGAAGGACCGCAUAGAGGACAUCGGUCGCGAGGACCACAGUUAUCUCUGUCGUUUCAUCUUCUUGCCUACAAAAUUGAGCGGAUAUACCAGCCUGGAAGCCGAUCCUGGCUUCAGCAAGAUGCAGAAAUUCAGCCAUGUGGAUCUUCAAGGUCGAAGCCUCGUUACCAUCCCCAUCACCCUCUACAAGAAAUCUUCGGAAAUCAUCUCUCUAAAUUUGUCUCGGAAUCUAUCGCUAGAUGUUCCAAAGGACUUCAUUCAAAGCUGCAUCAAUUUGCGAGAGAUCAAAUUUAUUGGAAACGAGGCCACAUACCUGCCGACCAGUUUUAGUUUAGCGAGUCGGUUGACUUAUCUUGAUGUGUCCAAUAACAACUUGGACCAGUUGGAACAUGCACGUCUUGACCGACUCACCGGUCUUGUGAGCAUCAAAUUGGCCAACAAUCAGUUGACGAAAUUGCCCAGCUAUUUUGCCAAGUUCCAGUCUCUUCGAAGCUUGACCAUGUCCUCAAAUAGCUUCAAGGUCUUCCCGGAUUGUCUCUGUGAGCUGAAAAGUUUGGUUGACCUGGACAUCAGCUUUAACGGGAUUGAAGAGCUACCGAAUAUUGGUCGGCUGACCACGCUGGAGCGACUUUGGAUGACGAAUAACAACAUGAGUGGGCCCCUUGACCAGUCCUUCCAAAAGCUUGUGAACCUGAAGGAGAUCGAUGGGCGCUUCAAUGCAGUCUCAAAUAUCGAUAGUAUUUCCCGGCUUCCACGGCUGGAGCAGGUCUUCUUUGGCCAUAACUUGGUAUCCAAGUUCAAGGGAGCGUUCCCGAGACUGCGCAGCUUGCACUUGGAUCACUGUCCCUUGACUCAGUUCGACAUUGACGCACCCAUGCCAACCCUAUCUUCACUCAACCUUGCAUCCGCCAAACUCUCUCAGCUUCGCGACGGGAUGUAUGAAAACAUGCCUAAUGUUUCCAAAUUAAUUUUGGACAAGAACCAUCUUUCAUCAGUCUCGGUACAGAUUGGCAAGUUACGUCGCCUUGAACAUUUCAGCAUCAUCAAAAACCCGCUCUCAUCUUUACCUCCCACUAUUGGAUGCCUGACCGAACUUCGGGAUCUCAAUGCCAGAGAGUGUAAUUUGAAGGCCCUACCCGAGGAGAUCUGGCAUUGCUCCAAGCUGGAAACACUGAAUGUGUCAACCAAUAUCUUGGCAACGUUCCCAAAGCAUGGUGCACCGGUUCCAUUAAUGCCUGGCGAACCAGCACCAACUCCUGUAUCAACCCCUGGAGUGAUGGGCAAUCCUAGCUAUGAAGAAUUGGGACCACUCAAUGAAGUGGAUACUCGCCGGGAAAGUGAAAGUUCUGGUGGGCCUCCUACUUCAGGAACAUCACCAAGCGGCUCCUAUCGAAAUCCGUCAAUCGUUCCAUCCGUUGGUCAGUCUAGAAAAGUUUCGGCAGCAUCUCGAUCCGCCAAUACAGAAGGGAGUUUGAACUCUAGAAAGGACUCAUACUUCUCCCAACAAGGGACAGUGAUCACGUUUGCAGGUUCUCUUCGAAACCUAUACUUGGCUGAUAAUCGCCUGGAAGAUGAUGUGUUCCGUGAACUAAUUCGGCUUCCUGAGUUGCGAAUCGUUAACCUCUCCUACAACGAACUGACCGAGGUGCCCCCGGGGGUCCUUAGACGAUGGCCAUUGAUAUCAGAGCUCUACUUGUCCGGUAAUGAGUUGACUUCCCUUCCAUCUGAUGAUCUGGAAGAAAUCAACCAACUCAAGGUUCUCCAUAUAAAUGCGAACCGCUUCCAGGUUCUGCCAGCAGAGCUGUGCAAAGUCAGCAAGCUGUCAAUUCUCGAUGUCGGGAGCAACGGUCUGAAGUACAACGUCUCCAACUGGCCUUACGAUUGGAAUUGGAACUGGAAUCGCGGCCUGAAGUACCUGAACUUCUCAGGUAACAAGCGACUUGAGAUAAAACCAAAUAUUUCAUCAUUGGGCCCACCUUCGGGCAAUGGCGCAGAUCUCACUGAUUUCACAUCCUUAACUCACCUGCGAGUAUUGGGGUUAAUGGAUGUGACUCUUACCAUCCCCACCAUUCCAGAGGAAACGGAGGACCGCCGUGUGAGAACAUCUGCCUCACUGGCUGGCUCUUUGGCCUAUGGAAUGGCGGAUACGCUGGGCCGGACUGAGCAUUUGUCCAUCAUCGACAUGAUCGUCCCACGUUUGAAACCAGAUAAUGUUGAGACAUUGGUUGGCAUGUUCGAUGGCCAAAUCAACUCGAGCGGUGGUUCUCGAGUCGCAAAAUAUCUACAUGAACACUUCACGCCUACCUUCUCCCAGGAGCUAAAAAAGCUUCACCGGGAUCAGGGCGAAAGCCCUAUUGAUGCGUUAAGACGGGCUUUCCUAGCCCUGAACAAGAACAUGGCAGGGUCUGCCUACAGAUCGAUUGACGAUCGCGAGCUUCGGCAAUACCAUCGCGGAUCUAAUGCAUCCAAACAACUCAAUCAGGAUGACAUUCAGUCUGGUGGAGUUGCCACCGUGUUGUACUUGAACAACAUGGACCUGUAUGCUGCAAAUGUCGGUGAUGCGCAGGCAGUUCUUGUCAGAUCUGAUGGUUCGCUCCGCUAUCUAACCAAGGUUCACGAUCCCGCCGAACCGACUGAACGAGCCCGCAUUCGUGCCGCAGGGGGCUUUGUGGCCCGCAACGGCAAGCUUAACGAUACCCUCACUGUAUCUCGAUGCUUUGGUCAUUUCCCGAUGAUGCCAGCCGUCAUUGCCGCUCCGUCCACAAUGCACACCACCUUGACAGAACAAGACGAAAUGAUCAUUAUAGCUUCAAAAGAGCUUUGGGACCAUGUGACACCCGAACUUGUCGUCGACAUUACUCGAGGGGCGUACCCAGACCUUAUGUUUGCGGCUCAAAAACUUCGAGAUUUGGCGAUCUCAUUUGGUGCUACCAACAAGCUAAUGGUGAUGAUUCUUGGCGUGAGUGAGCUGCAGAAAAAGCAAAAGAAGUGGCCACGGCCUAGCGUUUCCUUGGGUCCUUCUGCCUUCCCAGAAGAUCAGCUCAUUUCUACAUCCAAGCUCCGCAAGAAGCCUCGUGAUAUUCCCAGUGAUUCUCGCCUUGCGCGAUUCGAUUAUGUCGAUGCUCCCAUUGGUGAGCUGGCUAUCAUUUUCACUGAUAUCAAGAAAUCAACCGGCCUCUGGGAAUCAUGUCCGGAUGCUAUGCGCUCAGCUAUUCAAAUCCAUAAUGAUAUCCUCCGACGGCAACUCGGUAUCAUCGGUGGCUAUGAAGUCAAGACAGAAGGUGAUGCUUUCAUGGUGGCCUUUGCAACAACCACUGCUGCUAUGCUGUGGUGCUUCAACUGUCAGAAUCAGCUUCUUGAAGCCGAAUGGCCUACCGAGAUUCUUGAGCAGCCACAAUGUCAAGUCGUUAUGGACAUGGACAACAACAUUAUCUUCCGUGGUCUGUCUGUUCGCAUGGGAGGACAUUGGGGCGAGCCAGUCUGUGAAAAGGAUCCCGUGACAAAUCGCAUGGAUUAUUUUGGCCCCAUGGUGAAUCGAGCGUCUCGAGUCUCUGCCGUUGCUGACGGUGGUCAGACGUUUGUCUCGUCCGACUUCAUGAGCGAUAUCCAGCGCAAUUUAGAGGUCUUCGCGGAUGCCGAACGUUCUGCGUCGACUAGUUCUACCGACAGCCAGUCACGAGUUGACAGUCUAGGUCACAAUAUUCGUCGCGAGCUACAGCAACUCAAUAGCCAGGGAUUCGUGAUCAAAGACCAGGGCGAGAGGAAGUUAAAGGGUCUAGAGAAUCCAGAACCGCUCUACCUUGUCUACCCACAUUCGCUCGCCGGUCGCUUGGCCGUUCUGGAGGAAGCCAACGAUGCCGGUGGCCCGGCUCAGGUCACGCCUAACUCGGAACUGCAGCUCAAGACUGAUUUGAUCUGGCGUCUUUGGGAAGUCACCCUUCGACUGGAACGGAUUUGUGGUGCUUUGGAGAAUCCAGCCGAUCCACAACUCAGAGAGCCUAAUGUUGCUCUGUUCAACAUGGUCAAGAACCACGGUGGCGAACUGAACGAUUCCACGGUGAUCAGUCUGGUUGACCAACAGGUCACUAGAAUUGAGGCAACUAUCAAUACUCUUUCUGUGCGAAACUUGAUGCGUCCUUUCAAACCAGGUGAUCGUCUCGAAGAUCACGCUGUUCCCAUCGGCGAAGUGAUGCAACAAUUGCAAACCCAAAUGGCCGAAUACCGCGCCCUCAAAGAGCAGAUGGCCACCGGGAGUGCAGGCAUUCCCGUCGGGUCACCUCCAUUUGGUGGUACUCCUGUCAUGCAUGCCGCUGAUAGUGGCAACACAUCCUCCUCAUCCUCCUUUCUCCAUCUCGCGGGGGCAGCCGACACUCCUCGCUCCCUCGAUAUUCAACGCAACGCUCAUUGA